AGCCUCUUCUGCGGGUUCCACCAGCAUCAGUCAUCUCUCUGAGCUUACCACAAAAACAACCAACCAACAAACCAACCCAAUCAAGAUGUUCAAAUUCGUUGCUGUCAUCGCUCUCCUGGUUGCCACCGCCAGCGCUGGACUGAUUGAGACCCACCAUGUGGUGCACGAGCCCGUCCUGGCCAAGGUUGGAUCCGUGGUGCACUCUGCUCCCUCGGCGGUUUCCCACCAGAGCAUCACCCAAGUCCACAGCAAGGCAGUGGUGCAGCCGGUGGUUGCCCCCAUCGUGAAGACCACCACUUACUCCCAUCCCGCAGUGGCUGUCCAUGCUGCCCCAGUGGUCCACUCUGUGCCCGUUGUCCAUGCCGCUCCAGUGGUCCACUCUGUGCCCGUUGUCCAUGCCGCUCCUGUGGUCCACUCUGUGCCUGUGGUCCACUCUGCUCCCCUCGUCAAGUCGGUGGUGCACUCCGCUCCCCUGGCCUACACCCUGCACCAUUAAGGACUCAAAUGUGAUACAAUAUUUACGAUUUUUUGUUUAAAUAAAUGUUUUUCGUUUCUCAAUAACAAGAUAA